AUGUGCGCGUGCGCGAUGAGCAAUGUUUGGGUUAAAGGAAUAAAACUUGGGUUUAAUGAGAGUUGAAAUUCAAAACUCAAAACUUACUCUGCAGCCUGGACAUUGUUCAAGUCCCUGUGUGAAACAGACGUUGUCCAGAGAGAUAGAGAGUGAGAGAGAAACAGAGAGAGAGAUGGCGCUAGCUGGAGUGUGUGUGAUUGAGUUAGCUGGACUCGCACCUGCACCCUUCUGUGGAAUGAUCCUGUCUGAUUUCGGGGCCAGAGUGAUUCGAGUAGAUCGGACAAAGGUUUCCAUGGCGAUGGACUCACAAGCGAGAGGCAAACAGUCUGUGGCCUUGAACUUGAAGAGUCCACAGGGUGUGUCGGUGCUGAAAAAACUGUGCCUUCAGUCAGAUGUUGUUCUUGAACCCUACCGAAAAGGUGUAAUGGAAAAGUUGGGUUUGGGUCCUGAAGAGCUGCUGAAGGAAAAUCCUCGCCUUAUUUAUGCUCGACUCACCGGAUAUGGCCAGAGUGGUUCAUAUGCCAAAGCUGCAGGACACGACAUUAACUACCUGGCCAUGUCAGGACUACUGUCCAUGUUGGGCCGGAGCUCAGAGAAGCCCUAUGCCCCGCUGAACUUGGUGGCUGACUUUGCAGGAGGAGGCCUGAUGUGUGCUUUGGGGAUCGUUCUGGCUUUGCUGGAGAGGAGCAAAUCAGGCCGGGGCCAAAUCAUCGAUGCUAGCAUGGUGGAGGGAGCAGCGUAUGUGGGUUCCUUUAUGUGGAAGUCUCGCAGUCUUGGUCUGUGGAACCGGCCUCGUGGGGAGAACAUGCUGGACAGUGGCGCUCCUUUCUAUGACACAUAUCAGACAUCUGAUGGGAAGCACGUGGCUGUGGGGGCCAUCGAACCUCAGUUCUAUGAUCAGCUGAUCCGAGGCCUUGGAUUGGAUGCUGCCUCCCUCCCGCCACAGAUGAGCAUCUCUGAUUGGCCAGAGCUUAGGCAGACGUUCCACCGGGUGUUUGCACAGAAGACUCAGGCAGAGUGGAGCAGAAUCUUUGACGGUACAGACGCCUGCGUGACCCCAGUCCUACCUCUGGAUGAAGCCGGAUCACAUCCCCAUAACCGGGAGAGGGGCUCAUUUCUGAAGGACGCUCAGGGCGAAAUCAGUCCUCGUCCAGCACCCGUCCUGUCUCGCACUCCGGCUCAGCCGUGUCUCUUUCGAGACCCUGUCGUGGGUGAAAACACUCGCUCCGUGAUGGAGGAGUAUGGCUUUGAUCCAGCUCAUAUUGAGCAGCUCCUGUCAGCCGGUGUAGUGGAGUGCAAUGAAACCAAAGCACGUCUGUAAGACGAUGAAGCAGCAGCAUCAGCGGUGAAUCAUUCAUUUCUCACACAGGCAAAAAACUGCCGUCUUUUAUACUUACCGCCUUCAGCAAAGAACUGACGUGUUAAGAGGGAUUAAGCUCAAAAUAACCAUCCAUUCAUGCGGAGGUUUUUAUCUGAGUGUGCAGACGGAUGAUUUUUGGUCUGCGGUGAAAUGCUUUGCCUUUUAAGUACACAAGAUCUUUAGUGUGAUUUGUAUUCCUGAAAUCUAAAGACUCUGUGAUCAGCGUAAUUAAGGCUUCAGUUUAUAGCUGAGAAUUUUCCUCCUGGAUGUUUAAUAAUGUCUCCAUCCAUAGCUUGGGUUAAUUAGCACUAAGAACCAGCACAGUGUCCUACAGAAUUAAUGGCACCUUUAGUAAAAAUGACAAGCAAUUGACAUUGAAUUGAAUUAAACACUCUUAUUGUCUUUCUUUGUGGAUUCAUGCUAUUUUUUUAUCUUAUUUUUGUAGAUCAGCAACCGUCUAUGUUCAUCUCAUCUUUUAGUAUUACGUUUUUAGUGCUGCAUCAAUAACUUUUUCCAGACAUCAGAGAAAGAGAGAGAGACAGAGAGAAGAGGGAGGAGAGAGAGAGAGACAGAGAGGAGAGGGAGGGAGAGAGAGAGGAGAGAGAGAGAGGGAGGAUUUAUGUGAAUUUUGUGAGAGAAAGACUGAAGAUUUUUAUCUGCCCUGUGAGAGAGAGAGAUAGAUAACUGGCAUUUGUAAUGACUGAAGUGAACUAGACCACAAGUUGGCUUGCCAAUGUACAAACCUAAAGUGAUAGCCUUGUGGAUGCUGGUAUUGAUUGGAGGAUCUUUUUGUAUGUGUGCAAAUGAACAUGAUUUGGAAACGAUUCCCAUUAUCACUAUCACUAUUGAUGCAUCUGAUAUCUGAUAUCUUUUUGAUGAAACUGAUUGAUGAAUGACAAAAGGGAUACAUAUGUUCAUGUAUGUAACAUGUAACCUCAUAGUUAUAACUCCAGGAACAUGCAAACACGAUCAAAGACUUAAUAGCAAAUUGAUGAUUUUUUUUUUAUUUUUCAUUCAUCUUCUAUUCAUUCAUCUUCUACCGCUUAUCCGAACUACCUCGGGUCACGGGGAGCCUGUACCUAUCUCAGGCGUCAUUGGGCAUCAAGGCAGGAUACACCCUGGACGGAGUGCCAACCCAUCGCAGGGCACACACACACACACACACACUCUCAUUCACUCACGCAAUCACACACUAGGGACAAUUUUCCAGAGAUGCCAAUCAACCUACCAUGCAUGUCUUUGGACCGGGGGAGGAAACCGGAGUACCCGGAGGAAACCCCCGAGGCACGGGGAGAACAUGCAAACUCCACACACACACAAGGUGGAGGCGGGAAUCGAACCCCGACCCUGGAGGUGUGAGGCGAACAUGCUAACCACUAAGCCACCGUGCCCCCCUUUUAUUUUUCAAUGGAUGACAAUUUGUUUGCAUUUAUUUUAACAUGUCAAUCAUUUAGCCAGAUUGUUUGUCACAGGCUUGGAGAAAAGAAAAUGUGAGAGAAAAUUCUAAUACAAUUUGUUUUGUUAUGCUAAAAAAACAUUUGGUAUACAAUGACUUUAUUUAAAGGGUGCCAUUAAUUGUGUAGUUUACUAUUAAGGAUCAUGUAAAAACUGAACUGUCCUGUGUCCAUUUGUCAAAUUUUUGCUUUCUAAUUUUCUGUUUUAAGAAAUGAGAUGAAAUUAACUGAUGAUUGUGACGGAGUCAUCAAUAAACAGUUUUCCAUAAAUUCUGAAA